AUGCAGCCUGCGAUGUUCCAAUGCCUUCUCGGAAUGGAGUGCAACGACUUCACCAUGAUAGCUUCAGAUCAGACUGCUGCAAAGAGCGUGUUUAUAUUGAAGAAUGAUGUGGAUAAGCUGUUAUCGCUCGCGGACCGUCUGAUCAUGGGAGUCAAUGGUGACUACGGGGACAUCCACCAGUUCGUGCACUUCGUCUCCAAUAACCUGUCAUUGUACAAGAUAAAGAACGGCUAUGAGCUGGACACAACAGCCGCCGUACACUUUGCCAGGAAAAACUUGGCUGAUUCUUAUAAGACUGGGUCACCGUUCCUCUUAAACAUCCUUGUCGCGGGCUGGGACGAGAAGGAAGGUGGUCAGCUGUACCUGCUGGACCAUAUGGCCACCUGUCUGCGGAUGCCCAUAGCUGCCCAUGGAUUUGGGGGUCUCUUUGGGACCAGUAUUCUGGAGUACUACCACAGACGAGAUAUGACAGAAGCCCAAGCAUACGAGGUGAUGCAAAUGUGCGUCAGGGAGAUCCAUCAGCGUUUGUUCCUAAACCUGCCCAACUUCCAGGUGAAGAUGAUUUCCAAAGAUGGCAUUAGCAUUUUGCCUAUGAUCGAUCCUGUCAUGUCAGCUGCUUUCGCCAGAUGA